AUGGAGGUCUGUGUGAGGGUGGACUCGGAGCAAGUGUGGUACCAGGAGGCAAGACGGGAGGUUCCUGCUCGAGUGGCUUGGAUGACAGUGAGAGAAGCCAAGAGAAUAGUAACAGCGCCACAAGGUACUGAGCACAGCUGUGCAGCGCAGUGCUCACACUUCACAGUCUCACAGCACCUGGAAAUAGCCACACUCAUUGCCCCGCUCUGCAGAGGAGAAGGCUCAGUGUUGGAGAAACUGGAAUGUGUGCGCCUUAUCAGGAGGGGUCAGGGAUGGAGCCGGCUAUGCAGCUCCGGGGCGGGACGCGUCCACACGCGGGCCUCUGUGCUCGCUGCACCGGGCAUUGCCCUGUGUGGUGUUCCCUGUGAGCAGGUUCCCACUGUGGAGCUGCACCUCCUGGAGGCAGGACAGUCUUUCCAUGCCUGGGCCGCUGGAGGCUCACACCCUGAGCUGAAUCACAUCUUCACCAGGAGAACUGCCUGCGAUGCCGGAGGGGCAGGUCCGUGUGCUCCGCGGCUGAAGCCAUCUCCCGGGCCGCGGCUACCAGGUGUACUGGACCGGAAGGUGGCGGUCGUGGUCUGUGAGGUCAUCUACACUUCUGGCAAUUUCUACAGAAACAAGCUGAGGUGCCUGGCCUUCCUCCACAAGCAGAUGAACACCAACCCUUCCCGCAGCCCCACCGCUUCCGAGCUGACGGGAGGAGGCAUGUGCCCCACAGGACCAAGCGGCCACGCCGCCCAGGACCGCCUCCAGGCAUCAAUGGGACCCGCACCCGGAUAAGAGAAAUCCGAUGUGGUCCCUGCCUCCCGGAGGUCGUGCG